AUGUCUGCCGCCGCAUUCGUGGUGCGCGAGAAAGACGGGUCGGGUCGGGUGACUGGCGUGUAUUCUGGCGGCGUUCAGCUGGCGAACGGGCACACGAGCGAGUCGAGGUCGUUGCAGCCUUCGUCGAACAAGAAACGUCCAAGGAGGACGUGGAAUGAUUUCCUGAGUGACGUAUUUUUGCCUGAAGGCUACCCAGCUACGGUGUCGGAUGGCGAGUACCAGAUUUGGAAUUCCCUUCAAGCAUUCUGCAGCUCGUUGGCGUCACUCUUUGGCUCCAGAGCGGUUCUUCAAGCCCAUGGUGUUGGAAAUGCGUCCGCCUCAGCGACCAACGCCAUCCUCUUGACUGUCCUGCAAGACGUGUUUAGCCGACUAACCACGAUUGUCGCCGGCUACUACCUCGGCACCUCCCUCUCCCCCGAAGCCAAGACGUACCGCCUCCUCGCAGACGUGCUCAACGACGCCGCGAUCGUCUUCGACACGCUCUCCCCACACCUCGCCGCCCUCGCGCUCUCGCCCGCCCCGCCGUUCGUGCACGCGUCCGCGCACACGACGUCCCGCCUGCGCAUCGCCGCCCUGUGCGCGAGCGGCGCGUGCCGCGCGCUGUGCGGCGCCGUCGCCGGGGGCUCCAAGGCCGCGCUCACGGUGCACUUCGCGAGCGCGGGCGCGCGUCCCGGCGACGUCGGCGACCUGAACGCCAAGGACGGCAGCAAGGAGACCGUGCUCGCGCUCCUGGGCAUGCUGUGCGGGACGGUGGUGGUGCAGUACGUCCACAGCGCGCGCGCGACGUACGCGGUGCUCGCCGCGCUCAUCGCCGCGCACCUCGCCUUCAACGUGCUCGCGGUGCGCGUCAUCGCGCUCCACACGCUCAACCGCCAGCGCGCGGGCAUCGCGUGGAAGGCGUUCCGCGCCAGCCUCGACAAGGACGGCACGCCCCACAGCAGCGCGCCGCCCGCCGUCCCCGGGCCCGCGGUCGUCUCGAGCGCCGAGCGCAUCUUCGCCGACCCGACGCGCCUCCUCGGGCCCGCGCGCGCGCACUGCACGCUCGGCGCGCCCUUCCACGCGCUCUUCCCGCCCGGGGGCCUGUCGGACGCGCAGAUCGCGCGCGUGCUCGCCGCGUUCGCGCGCGACCGGUACGUGCUGUGGCCCGCGCCCGCGGGGCUCGGGGCGGUCGUCGCGCUCAAGGAGGGGCACGCUGCGCGCGACCACCUGCGCGCGUGGGCGCACGCGCACGAGGUUGCGCGGCGCCGGGCGGGGCGGGCGCGGCUGCGCGAGGUGGUGGCGGCGCGCGAGGUGGUGGAGCGGUCGUUUGGGACGUUCGUGGAGGCGGCGCGGGCGGCGGGGUGGAAGGUGGACGAGGGUGCGCUGGUAGGGGGGUCGCCGGUGACGAUGUCGGUGGAAGUCGGAGAAGGGGCGGCAGUGGAAGACAAGAAGCGCGUAUAG